ACAUUCAGAUUCACGGGCAAAUUCACCAUCGAGCGGGCGUUUUGUUACCCCCACCAAACAAAGAUCAUAAAUUCCUUCAGAUCUACUUCAUUGGUGAUUCGAAAGAUGAACUAAAUCAGCGUUGUGCAAUUUUCACUGCAACUAAACGUGAAAUUAUACAACAAUUGCAAAAUCUUCUGCAUGAGCGUAAUGAAUUGGCCGGAUUGUUCAAAACCGCAUUGGAUACAAUGCAUUCUGACGACCACAAAAUCAUUAUCAGCGCUGACAAAAGGCCAAUUUAAUGCUCCCACUAUUAAUGAAGUCGCAGUGGUGAUUGUUGGCGAGAAUGUGGAAUCACGCGAUAUUGUUCUCAAGCGUCGGGAUGAUUGCCGCUUGCAGCGAGUUUAUGAGACUCAUCGGUCAUAUGAUGCACUUCAAUACCCGUUGAUGUUCUGUCGUGGAGAAGAUGGGUAUCACUUCAACAUAAAGAUGGUCAAUCCAACGACAGGAGAAGAAACGAAUAAGAAGGUCAGCUCUAUGAAUUUUUAUGCGUAUCGAUUGAUGAUUCGCCUAGAUGUUGACAAUCAUCUGUUGAGAUACCGCCGAUUGUUUCAUCAGUACUGUGUCGACAUGUACGUCAAAGUACAAACGGAGCGUCUCAAUUUCAUUCGUUUCAAUCAGUCGAAGUUGCGCUCAGACGAGUACAUCCACUUGCUUGACGCCAUCGCUACUGAAGGUCACGCGGCCAACAUCGUUUGUUUGACCAUUCUCCCAGCUACUUAUGUUGGAAGCCCGCGCCAUAUGCAUGAGUACGCUCAAGAUGCGAUGACGUAUGUCCGUAAUUACGGACGCCCGGAUUUAUUCAUAACGUUCACAUGCAAUCCGAAAUGGCCCGAAAUUACGAAUCUGUUGCUUCCAGGACAAACAUCUAGCGAUCGACCUGAUAUCACUGCACGAGUAUUCAAGCAAAAGAUCACAGUACUUAUGAAUUACAUCGUUAAGCAGAAGGUUUUUGGCGCAGUUAGUGGUUGGAUGUACUCGGUUGAGUGGCAGAAGCGUGGCCUACCACAUGCACACAUUCUGCUUUGGAUGUUCGACAAGAUCCGACCAGAUCAAAUUGAUUCGAUUAUUUCAGCCGAAAUACCAGAUAAACAAACUGAUCCCGAGAUGCAAAUUACAAAUACGAUACCGAAUGUAUUUAAAAAAAUAUAA